CGGCAAGGAACAGCCGAGACUUGCUGAUAAGCAUCGACCAGUUGUACUUUGAAAUAUAGCUAUAGUGUCUCAUAAAUCAUAAUUGUCAGAUCUGACAACAAAACUCUUGGUUUGGUCGAAAUUUAGCAAAAACAUAGAAGGGUCUGUGACUAGCUUGCCACAUAGAAAAACCCAUUUGCUGUCCGGAUCAAAGGCGAGACAGCCAUGGACGCCUUAAGGAAGCAAGCCAGCAAGCUCAGAGAACAAGUCGCCAAACAACAGCAGGCUGUGAUAAAGCAGUUCAGCGCGAGUGGUUAUGAAAGUUCAGAUGUGAUGGUUAUUGAUGAGGUUGAGAUGCAAAGACAUCAGCAAUUGGAGAAACUGUACAGGUCUACUCGUGCAGGAAAGGAUUUUCAGAAAGAAGUUGUUAAAGCAGCUGAAGCAUUUACAGCUAUUGGGUAUAAGCAUAUAGAAGCAGGAACUAAAUUCUCUGAGGAUUGUUGCAAAUAUGGAAUUGAGAAUGUAACUGACGAGAUUUUAGCCAGGGCUGCAUCAAUAUAUGGUGAUGCCCGUAAACAUGUGGAGAAGGAGCAGGAAGACUUGAACAUGCUUUUAUUUUCACAGAUUUUGGAACCCUUGAGAGCAAUGAUAAUUGGUGCUCCUCUUGAAGAUGCCCGUCAUCUUGCUCAACGAUACAGUCGAAUGAGACAAGAAGCAGAGAUACAGGCGACAGAGAUUUCCAGAAGACAAGCACGGGUAAGGGAAGCUCCUAUUCCGGAAAAUGUGACAAAGCUGCAUGCUGCAGAGUCUAAAAUGCACGAACUCAAAGCAAACAUGGCAGUACUUGGAAAAGAAGCAUCAGCUGCUUUGGCUGCUGUAGAAUCGCAGCAGCAAAGGUUCACAUUCCAAAGGCUCGUUGCUAUGGCUGAAGGAGAAAAAAUAUAUCAUGAAAGAGUUGCUGCUAUUUUUGGUCAGGUUGAAUCUGAGAUGGUCUCAGAGAAACAACGCAGAGAGUCUGCUCCUCCUGUAAUUCCUUCCGAUCUCUGUUCAGACAAAACGAAGUAUUUUUUGGCCGAGGCAACACAUGCUUUUGAUGCUGCAUCUGAGAAAGAACUGAGUUUGGAUGUGGGCGACUAUGUUGUUGUCAGGAAGGUGAAUCCAUCGGGAUGGUCGGAAGGAGAAUGCAAAGGUAAAGCUGGCUGGUUUCCAUCAGCAUAUGUGGAAAAACGCCAUCGAGUUCCCACAGGUAACGGGGCUGCUGAAGUGUACUGAAGCUCGGCCCCAUUGUUAGAACUUUCUCUUCUUUUGGCCGAGGCUGUUAGUUAACUUCAUCCAUCUUAGUCGACUAUACUUUACUGAAAUGGAUACCAAUUGCAUAUUGCUUGUAAUUCUCUCUCCUGUUUUGCAUGAGAUUUCGGCCGACGCAUCGAGAAAAGCAGAAUUGUAUUCCAUAUUUGUGCAUUUAUUCCUUGAAAUUUAUUGUAUGAUACCCUUCGUAUGGGAUAGUUUCAUGUUAUAUUGUUUUUGGUAAGAGUUACAAACUGUAUCAGUUUGGACAGUGAUUGAAUGGUCUGUCUAAAAAGGAACCAAUUCCUUUCCUACUGUUAUUUUCAGACUUUUUUUAGCUGGUAUAUUGCAUCAGAUUCUGUUGGAUGUGAGGGUUGGAAAGAAAAGAUGUUGAUGCCACUUCAGAGUCCAGAGAAUAUGCC